AUGUCCGCUUUCAGCACGAUCACAGUGAAGGAGCUACAUCCUACCUUCGCCGCCGAAGUGCAAGGUGUCGAUUUCCAGAACUUGUCAGACAAGCAGUUUGACGAGGUCUAUGGCGUCUGCGUCUUUCGCAAGACUGGUUUGAGUGACGCUAAGCACGUCGAAUUCUCCCGAAGGCUAGGUGAGCUCGACCACACGAGGCGCUACAUGGUAGCUGGUCGUAAAUCUCGUUAUGAAUUCUACGAGCUUUUCGACGCUGGCAAUAUAGACGAGAAUGGUGGUGUCCUAGACCCAAAUAGCCCGAAGGCACAGUUCGGCAAGGGUAAUGCACUCUUCCAUGUCGAUUCAUCUUUUAAUCCUCGGCGAUCAUCCUUUUCCUGCCUCCGAGCAAUCACCAUCCCACCACCAAAUCAGGGCCUGGGUGGCAACACUGACUUUGCCGACUCCCGUACCGCCUGGGACGAUCUUGAUAAUGCUACUAAGCAAGAUCUCCUGGAUAAUGACUACGUUGGUGCCCACACGAUCGCUUACUCUCGCAAGCUUGGAAGCCCCGAGUUUUUCAAAGACCUGGACCCAACCAAGGACGGCUUCAGUAGACACAGGAUCCUGCAGAAGCAUGAGCCGUCCGGACGCAUGAACCUGUAUAUCGCAGCGCAUAUGCAUCACAUCGAAGGCCUACCCGAGGAUAAGUCCACGGCGCUCAGAAAUAAACUUCUUGACCACGUCAGCCAGGAGAAGUAUACUGUCAGCUUGGGCUGGGAGAACGAGUCCGACAUGAUUAUCUGGGACAACAGGUGCACACUGCACCGUGCCGCUGGAGGCGCGUUCGAGGGCAAGUACAAGCGUGACUUGCGGCGCACCACCGUUCACGACGAUAGCCCGACGGCUUGGGGUCUCAACAAGGUCGACAUGAGCUUCACCGAACCGAAGAAGACGGCGGAUGCUGCGCACGAGGCAAUUGCUAAGAAGUUGGGCUUCCAGCACGAGGCGCCGAAGACUGUUGAUGUCAAUGCUUGA